AUGGCUCUCAGCUUCUUUAGCAGUGGUGGAAGCGCCAGCAGCGCUAAGUAUUUCGACAUUAGAUUGAACGAGGAUUAUAUCGUGUUCCGUGGUGGUGAACAUGAAGCCGCCAGCGCCCAUCUCCGGGGAACUCUGAUUCUGUGCCUGUCGGAGCCCCUCACGAUCAAGCAUCUGCGACUGGAGUUGACGGGCAUGUCGCGAGUUUGCUGGCACCUGCCGUCCACCUCCACCGCCGGAGGCCGCAAGUCGUGGCGCGAACGUGUAUUCUACGAUAAGACUUGGAGAUUCCGUGACCCCGGCAAGAGCAAGACUGAGGUUUUGCCUGCGGGCAACUAUGAGUACCCAUUUGAUGUGGUGCUUGAGGGGUCGAUGCCGGAGAGUGUGGAAGGUCUCUCGGAGACCUGGGUGAUGUACCGCUUCAAGGCAGAGAUUGGCCGCAAGUAUGCCAAAGAUAUUGUGUGCCGGAAACCACUUCGCAUCAUUCGAACGCUUGAUCCCAGCGCUCUGGAGUUGUCGCAUGCAAUGUCUGUGGACAACAUCUGGCCGAAUAAGAUCGAAUACUCCAUCAGCACUCCGACAAAGGCCAUUGUCUUCGGAACCUCCAUUCACGUCGACUUCAAACUGAUUCCGCUCCUCAAGGGCCUGCGCAUCGGCCAAAUUACGUCACAGUUGAUCGAAAGCCACGACCUCACCCUCAACCCCGAAGACCCCGAUUCCGUGCGCAACACAUACAAGAUCACUCGGACGAUCUUGACCGAUGAGCAUGAGUUGGACGAGGACAAUAUCGAGAUCAUCGACGAGGCCGCCGAGGGAUACCAGUGCACACGUGUGCUGGACAUGCCACAGACCUUGACCCGUUGCCUGCAGGACACCGACACCAAGGGUAUCAAGGUUCGCCACAAGUUGAAGUUCCGCAUUCAGUUGCACAACCCAGAUGGGCAUAUCAGUGAAUUGCGGGCUACACUUCCAGUCUCGAUCUUCAUUUCACCCCACAUCGCCAUCGAUGAGAACAAUAACCUCGUAGGGCAGACCCCUCAAUCCACUCGCAUUGCCGUGGACGACUUUGCGCACCAGGCACCUCCUCUUUAUGGCGAGCACACCUUCGAUCAGCUGUACAGCGAACUCGAUCCCAACGGUUACCGCACCCCCGGCCCUGGUAGUGGCCCCGGUACUCCAGGCGGUCCUCUCAGUCGUAACAUGUCUGCUGAGAACCUUGCCUCGAUGAAUGCUCUGACCAACACUGAUAUCUCGGCCUCGGCGCUGCACCACCGCCUGACAAACCUAAACGCAAGCCCGUUCCACAGCCGCACGCCAGCUGAGACCCCGCAUGAGGCUCAGUCUCCUACAGAGUACACCAUCCACCGUCAACUGGGCGUUCCCAACGACUACUUUGGGCCCUCUUCCGGCUCCAACUCACACAGCCAUGGCAGCCCCGAGCUGUCUCGCCGGCCCUCCGACGAAGUGGAGCCCGACACUCUCCCCUCGGGCAUGGCCACUCCCUUCCACCCCCAGUACGCCGAGGUGGAAACCCUCAGCCGGGUUCCCAGUUACUCAACUGCAGUCCGUUGCACAGUGCGCCCGCGUGACUCCGGUCUUCCGGAUUACAACGCUGUGGUAGCCAGCAGCCUGCCUACACUCUCCGUCCCCCAGUCUCCCCAGCAGGCACACAUCCGCAGUGGCCGUGCAAGCGGGGUGACGACUCCUUUAGAGGUGCAGAACCGCCCCGGAUAUUUCAACUCUCACGGCACCAAUGCUGAUGAUGAGGAUCGCAGACUUAGACUCGUUCAGGCUCGCGCCAGAGCAUGA